GCUUCUCAGGAUGUGAAUGUCCCUGUUCGAGAUGAUGCUGAUUUUGUGAUCAAAGUGGAAUAUCAUGAAAAUGGACCUUUAUUCUCAGAACUCAAAUUUUACCAACGGGCAGCAAAGCCAGAAACUAGAGGUAGAAGCAGAUGCAGCCUUUGGAGUAGUGUUGAAUGGAAAUCCUGAAGACCCCUCAUCUUCAUCUGAGAGUUCUCAAACAUGGAGUGCAUGUCACUGAUGAAGUGGCUAUAGAUGUAAAUUAGCCUGGCUAGGCGAAUUAAUAAACCAAAGCAAACAUGCACCUCUGUGGUCGUUAGUGCAAUCCCAGCUUGUUUGAGCUCUAAUUCAGAGAGAGUGACCAAAUUGCUGAUAAUGAUGCUGGUUUCUCCAAAGGGCCCCUGACCACCUGUCAGUCUGGUGCACAGCCAGUCAAGACAGAUUUCCUUUCUAGCUAGGCUGGAGGAAAUGCUUUUUUUUAUGUGUGUGAAAGAUGUGUUUACUGUAUAUCAGUUAUGUGUUUAUAAAAUAUGUGCAUAUACAUAAAUGUUUUGCCAAGACAUUUUUUUUUUAAAUUCUGAACUCAGUGAGCAAAUGGAUGAAGUCAAAACAACUGGGUUUUUUGGGUAUCCCAACUUACUGGGGUUCUGGACUGACUGAAAGUAACGGAACAAGGUACAGGUUUAUGGUAAUGGAUCGGCUGGGUACAGAUCUGCAGAAAGUGUUAAUAGAUAAUGGUGGACAACUGAGGAAGACCAGCGUGCUACAAUUGGGUGUACUAAUGCUGGAUGUGCUGGAAUAUAUUCAUGACAACGAAUAUGUCCAUGCUGAUAUUAAGGCUGCCAAUCUCUUAUUGGGAUACAGAGAUCCAAACAAGGUGUACUUGGCUGACUAUGGUCUCUCAUACAGAUACUGUCCUAAUGGCGAGCAUAAAGAGUACAAAGAGAACCCCAAGAAAGGACACAAUGGCACUAUUGAGUACACAAGCAUUGACGCUCACAAAGGAGUAGCCGCAUCCCGGCGAGGAGACUUGAAGGUGUUGGGCUACUGCUUGCUUCACUGGCAGUGUGGAACUCUGCCCUGGCUCCCUUCUCUUAAAAAUCCAGCUGAGGUUCAGGAGGCCAAGGCCAAGUUGAUGUCUAACCUGCCAGAUUCUGUUCUGAAGAUGUCUACCUCCAGCUCAAGCAUGGAGAUUGCCCAGUUCCUGUCCAGAGUGAAAGACCUUGGCUAUAAUGAAAAGCCAGACUACCAGGCUCUCAGAAUGGUUCUGUCUGCGACCGGGCUGCAGGGCCCAUUGGACCUCUCCAGGCAGAGAGCUUCAGAGACGGUCAGGCCAACUACACAAAGGGCCGCAAGCCAACCCAAGACUACUGAGAAAAAAAUGGGGAGAUCAAAGCCUGCGGUGACAGCGGAGGAAAUUGAUGAGGAACAGUUGGGUGUGUCAUCACCAAACAAAGUCUGGAGGAAGACCAAACCACAGACACACAAGCAGAGGCCAGUCAGAACUGACACAGCUGCUAAAGGAAGCAUCAGGCAAAACCCUAUGCCCUGUGAAAGUGAUGAGGACGUCAGUGAUGAAUAUGAGCCCCUGCCUCCACGAGUUCAUCCUAGAACAAGAGCAGGAACCCGGCAGAGACAGGAACUUAAACAAGAAAAAAAGAAUGAAGAUGUUUAUGAGGGCAAGACCUGGAUGACCAACAGGAGACAAAACCACCAGUAUGACAACCAACAAAACAGUACUCGAUCAAUUGAUGACAACUAUGCAGUAGCCAGCAGUAAAGCUGACUACUGGAGGAGUUGUACUAACAAACACACCUGGGAGAAAACACAAUGGGACGAAACUGAUGAUGAGGAUGAAGACCACUGGGGAAGUGAUGUAUGUGAACUGAAAGUUAAACGGAAUCACAGAAGAGGAAGUGGAUUCGGAAAAUCGAUAAAUCAGAGUAAAUGGUCAUUCAAAAGACUAUUGACUUUCCUGGUUGUUCUGAUAUUAGCAGCUGUUGGUUGUUGGUUUUAUCCUCGCUGGAGCCGUAAUGCCACACAACGCUACUCUGAAUGAACAGACUGUUGUUAAGCAUUUCCUGUGACCAUUUUCACAGUGAUGGGCUGAAAUAAAUACAUAAAGUAAUUUUAGGAUUUUUUUGGUACACUAGGAGUGGACUGUAUGUUUUAACCAAUUUAAUUGAGCAUUGGAAUAAAAUGAAUUUCUUUACAGA